CCCGUUUUAACGGGCACGUUGUUAAUCGUUUACGCCUGCUUCGUAACGUUGCUGCCGUGUUUGUUUUCCGCAGUGAGCUUCGCUUUGCAGCAUGACGAACAGGAAGAGGCUCUCCAGCACGCAGACGCCCUCUCAGAGCAGAGAUGAGGACGAUGACCCGACCUUCACGCAGCCCAGUACAUCACAGGUGCAGCGAGGGCUGGAGAGACUCUCCACAGCACAAGUUGACCAAAGGGCGGCAGAGGUGGUGCAGUAUAUCCUGAUGAAGGACCAGAAGAAGGUCCCUGUACGGAGAACAGACCUUGUGAAACACGUGGUGAAAGACUACAGAAACAUUUACCCUGAGAUCAUGAAGAGAGCUGCGCGGUCCUUUGACCAGGUGUUUGGUCUUAAACUGGUUGAAAUCGACACCAAAAACCACAUGUACAUCCUGAUAAAUAAGUUGGAAUAUACUGAGGCAGCCUCAUCAAUUAGUAGCCCAACCAAUCCAAAGAGGGCUCUGCUAUUUGUGAUCCUCAGUGUUGUCUUCAUGAAGGGAGGCGUCGUCAGAGAAAACCUCAUCUGGAAUACACUGAAGAAGCUCCGUGUUGACCCCGGGGAGAAGCAUGAGGAGUUUGGUGAUGUGAAGAAGUUGGUCACAGAUGAGUUUGUCCGUCAGAGGUACCUGGAGUAUGUACGAAUUCCUCACACAGAGCCCAUCGAGUAUGAAUUCCACUGGGGUCAACGAGCUGAUGCAGAAGUAUCAAGAGCCAAAAUCCUCCAGUUCAUGGGUCAGCUUCAUGAACAGGAUCCCCAGAGCUGGACCCAGCAGUACAGGGAGGCCCACUCCAGCCCCAGCUCAGCCCAGCCCAGCACAAGCAGCCAGAGAUAACUGUACUGUGGAGUUCAGAGGUCGUCUUUUGGUUUUUAAUCCCACCAGACACCAGCAGUUGGCACCCGUCUUUUCUCAUUGCCCUGAGUUUAAUUUGUUCAAACUCUUGUAAUAAAGUUCUUCUAUGAUG